UGUCGGGGACACACGUGCCCAAGGCCGGGAAGAGCGAGGCCCGCUGCGGGGCCGAGGAGCGCCCUGCCGGUCACGGGGACGGCCAUGUUCUUUCCCGCAGUGCUGUAUCCUCGGCCUUUGCCGGCCGGAGCGGCAGGGGAUGAGCCUCAGCGGAGAAAGACCCGCCCUUGUUUAGACCCCCAAGAAACGUGGAGCCUUAGUCUCCUGGCUUGGAGGUCUGUCAGGCUGCUCUCUCCUCCCAGGUCUUGGAAGAAAGCCUCAACGGAUUCAAGUCGCUGUUUUGGUUCAAAGCAGCUUUGAUAGCUUCUGCCCGUGGCUAGCGCCCUUUCAGCCCUAAUCAUUGCUGGGAAGGUCAUUGUUUCAGUGCUGCCUCUUAGAGAUUCCCUGCAUCCUUGGAGCCCCUGGUGGAAGAGGUUGACUAACUGGCUUGUCUAUUUCUCCCUCCUGAGGCAGCAGCCUGUGGACACUGAGGUGAUGCAUCUCAGCAGCUCCAAGGGCAGAGUAGUCCUGGCUCCAGUGUCCCGAGGUCCUGAUGUCCGUCAGACGACAAGAGCUCAGCUUGGCCAGGACCCCCCACAAAGAACAGUGCUAGGGGUGCUAACUGAGAAUGGACAGUUCAGGAAGACCUGUGACCAGGGGAUAACAACAGUUAGGUGUUUCUCUGGAUCAGAAAAUGUCUUCCCUCAAGCUGGAAAAAAAGCACUCUCUGACUGUGGGGUCCACAUGCCAGCAAAGCAAGGAUUUGAUAUCUACAUGGAUGAACCUGAGCAAGAGGACAAAAACAGCUGCAGUGGGAAAGAUGGGAUGGCAUUUGAAGAUAUGUAUGAAGUAGACACUAGCACACUCAAGUCUGACCUUCACUUCCUGCUGGAUUUUAGCACAGUUUCCCCUAUGCUGGUAGAGUCAUCUCUUCAUGCUCAGUCUGAAGAUGCAUCAGAUUUUGGUACAGACAUGAUAAAUGUGACUGAAUAUGCUGAAGAAAUUCAUCAGUACCUUAGAGAAGCUGAAAUACGAUACAGGCCCAAAGCCCACUACCUAAGGAAACAACCAGACAUCACAGAAGGCAUGCGAAGGAUUCUGGUGGAUUGGCUGGUUGAGGUUGGAGAAGAAUAUAAGCUUCGAGCUGAGACUCUCUACUUGGCUGUCAACUUCCUAGAUAGGUUUCUUUCGUGCAUGUCUGUUUUGAGAGGGAAAUUGCAGCUUGUAGGUACAGCAGCUAUUCUUCUGGCUUCGAAAUAUGAAGAAAUAUACCCACCUGAAGUAGACGAGUUUGUCUAUAUAACUGAUGAUACUUACACAAAACGACAACUGUUAAGAAUGGAACACCUACUCCUGAAAGUCCUAGCUUUUGAUCUGACAGUGCCAACUACCAAUCAGUUUCUCCUUCAGUACCUAAAGAGACAAGGAGUGUGCAUCAUAACUGAGAACCUGGCCAAGUAUGUAGCGGAACUGAGUCUACUUGAAGCUGACCCAUUCUUGAAAUAUCUUCCUUCAUUGAUAGCUGCAGCAGCUUAUUGCCUGGCAAACUAUACCGUGAACAGGCAUUUCUGGCCAGAAACCCUUGCUGCAUUUACAGGAUAUUCAUUAAGUGAAAUUGUGCCUUGCCUGAGUGAGCUACAUAAAGCAUGCCUUGAUAUACCCCAUCGACCUCAGCAAGCAAUUAGGGAGAAGUACAAGACUUCAAAGUACAUGCAUGUGUCUCUCAUGGAACCACCUGCAGUUCUUCCUCUGCAAUAAGUUUCACAACUGAAGCACUUUCAGAACUUAACCUCCAGAUCAACAAGAUUGGUCCUCAUUUUUAUAGGUUUCUGCAGGUUGAAUCAUCUAGUGUUGGUACAAUAUAGAUGACAUAUUUUUAAAAAUAUGAAUGUAUUUAGGUUCUCUUAGAUUUAGUAGUUUGUAAAAUAGUCUAACAUUUUGAAAGAAUAAACAACUUGCCUUAUG